GAAGCUGCGCAAGCACGCAUGCAAAUGGACCAAAAGAGAUUGAUCAAAGAUCGAUUAACAAAGAGUAGAAUGGAGCAAGAGGCUGUAGACAGACAGCAUAAGAGCCAGCAAGAGGCAAUCCAAAGAGCAAUUCAGGCGAGGCGGAGGAUGCGAGAGGAAGAAGAGAGAGCACUCCAACGGGACUGGGAAGAGCGUAAUAGGAGAAUAUGGGACCAAGUCGACAAGGCGGCGGCUUUGGCGAAAGCAGCGGAAGAGGAGCGCAAACGCAAAGAAGCAGAGGAGCAAGAAAGAGUCAAGGUAGAGGAGAAGCAAAAGCGUGAAAAGGAACAGUUGUCCAAAUUCGAUGCCGAACGCAAGCGGUCUGGAUUGACCACUCCAAAGGAAGAUUGGGAUGCCGCGAUGGCGAUCAACCAGAAAGUUAAACAUGGACACCUCAAAAGAAUUAAAGAGGAUUCGGUGCAGCGUCGUCAAUGGUCACCUAUCAGACGAGGGAUCACCCUGCGCAUUGGUCAGCUAACAGACAGUAACGAUGAGAUAAUACGGAUAUCUACUCAAAUAUUUGAGACGAUAAGAGCCCUAGAUCCCAAUUCGGAUAUCUACUGGGCAUCCCUAUCCGCCCUCGCAAAGGCCAUUAUCUUGCAAGCGGAGACAGAGGUGACGGCCAAACUGGAUACAGCGGGUCCAUUAGCGGCAGUUGUAAUCAAUCUCUUCAAUUUACAAGGAUUUGAAGAGGUAUUAUGGGCGAAAAUGGUCAUCCGAAGUGGUGGAUGGCUGAUAGGAUACUGUGUGACCAAAAAGCAAGGCCAAGAUGACAAGGAGUUCCGAAAGCUGGCCGGAUAUAGGGAAGAUGAGAACCAGGUCGAGAGACAGACGCGACUUGGGGGUGUGAUCUCGCUAUUCUUCGCCAUCUGUACCUCACCAAAGGCGACCUCACCGCUACCCACCAACUUUUGGCCAACAAAGAUUUGGAGCUUUAUUGCCAGGAUCAUGGCAGAUGCAAGGCUUCUUCGACAGUCUAUAGCACCCUAUGUUGCGGCAGCAACUGGACUAGCAAUGUUUGGCAGGCAGUGGAACAAGUUGCUCAUUGCAAUGGGGCAAGCUACACAUGAGGAAGGACGGGUCGGGGCGUCGGAUGAUGCUGGCAAGACAGCAAGAGUCAGGCUACAGAUCAAAGCCGAAAAGCUCCUUACGGAAGCUUCAUCGGCUCCUUUCCGUGCAUGA